UGGUGCUGUUCACUUAUUAUUGACUGACACAAUGUCACAAUAUGAAUUGCAGUGCAAACAUAAUAGGUUGGACGUUCAUGUUGUGUAUUGGAUUCAAUGCUGCAAUAAGUGUAAGGGUAUCAAAUGAACUAGGAGCAGGACAUCCAAGAAGAGCAAAGUUCUCAGUGGUGGCGGUCUCAAUUACUUCACUUGCAAUUGGUGCAUUGUUGACACUUUUACCCAUCCUUACGAGAAGCCAAUACCCACUUUUGUUCACAAAUAAUGCAAAAGUACAAAGGAUGGUGUAUGAUCUCACUCCUGUAUUGGGACUAACCCUCUUUGUCAACACACUCCAACCUACACUCUCUGGGGUGGCAAUUGGAGCAGGAUGGCAAGAACAUGUGGCUUAUGUGAACAUAGUAUGCUAUUAUGUCAUUGGAAUCCCUUUGGGUCUCUUCCUUACCUUUUUCAUCAACUGGGGCAUGCCGGGCAUGUGGUAUGGGAUGUUAGUUGGAACUACAGCUUAGACUUGUGUUCUGAUUAGGAUAGUUGCAAGAACUGAUUGGGACAAGGAGGCUUCUGACGCUGGAGAUAGAAUAAAGCAACUGGGAGGAAACAAAAAUGCCAAUGUCAUUGAUGGAUACGCCAUUAGCUGAGACUAGACAAAGCAGUAUUGGGGAUAAAGUUCCCUUUUAUAAGAUUUUGAUGUUUGAAAUUCAUAGAAUCAAUAAUCCAACUUUUUCCACUUUCCAAUUAUUUCUCUCUGUCCCUUGGUAGUGUGAUUUAUCAUUUUUGAAAGCUUUUUGUAACUUAAGUUUUGGUACUUCAUUUCCACUUAAAAGGGGAAUCAAUUCUACUUUCUUCUUGGUGAUAAUUUCAUUUCCCUUUUCCCCAA